AAAAAAGUAAAAGUUAUACUCUCUCCGUCGACUCUUGAAUCUUAGGGUAUUCAACGCGCCCCUGCUAUUUCAUGCCCGGCACGUUUCUCAGCUCAUUUCAAUCUGCGCCUAAACCAAGGCAGGAAGAAAACUUUCAGUGAAAACGUAUGACUCGAGAAUCUAAAGUUUCUUCUAUUGAUGCACUUCGCGUAGAGGUAUUUUCUUAUAAAAAUUGUUUGAGAAAAUUUUUUUUCCAACAUUUUUCUACCGAAAGAAGAAAAGAAAAUAUGAUAAAAAUAUAAGUUAUACGCGUUCGUUUCUUGUCUGCAGUAAAAAGUCGAAGUACACGAAAUUAUUUUAAUUGCAGAAUUUAAGAAAAUAAUAAUAACUAAUUGUAAGAUUCCAACCCACAAGGGUGAUGCAGUUCUGCUAAAGAUGAAAAAAAUUUAAUAAAUAAAAAUCAGAGGACUGCUCCAGCACUGCGCGGAACUUCCGCCACGACCAUUUUCCAAUUCAUUAUUUUUUCCGACUCGAGUUUAACGUUCCCAGGAGUAAUAGAGUGGUGCGCAUCACUGACAUUGCUGCGGGUCUUUCCGUUUAGAAUGUAGAGAAUAUAGGUAUGUUUGAUCAGAACUAUGUAGGUCUGUUCCUAAUUACGUUAAAAGUGCUGCAUUUUCCAUUGCUCGAAGCAAUAAUUUUAUCCUUAGGUAUGCAGCUCUUGAACUUACUGAUAUUUCCAUGCUCCAGAAAAUAUUAUGUACCGUCGACCCUUGCCAUUGCAAUUCUGCCAUGUGUACUUAUACCUAUAUCUAUGUACUAGGGAUUCCAAGAUAAAGUCGCAGCAUGAUUCUCCAGUUCAACCUCGACAUAUUUCAACCUCCGGUUCUAAUAUCGCCAGUGUAGAAGAGUGCUGCCAACUUGAGUAGUUUCAAAGGAUUCAUAUAUUAUGGUCAGCCUCCAGGGAGAUAAAUCUGGAAUGAUUUCACAAAAAUUCGGGAGAUUUACGCUAGUCGCUGAAAACAGAGAUGACGAAUCGGCUGAUAUCGGUUACUUUGAAAUAGAAGAUUCUAGUUUUACUAAAUUCUCCGAUAAGUGUCCAAACGCCGUAAUCGAAGCCUCGAAAAUUCCGAAAGAAGAAGUUACCGUCGCUUGGAUGAGCCCCAUGGAAGACGCUGGGUGCAUUUUGAUCAGGGCAACCGUAGUAGAAUCUCGGGAAACGUGGUACAUGGAUGAGGGUGGUUUGACUGUGACGCUGUGCCAGUUCUCAGCUUCUGAAAUCGACGACCCAGGUCCCGUACUUUCAACGUGUUGCGCUUGUGACGAAGCAAAGUACGAGGUGACGUUUGAAGGUCUUUGGUCUCGAAACACGCACCCAAAGGACUUUCCCAGCAACGGAUGGUUGACGAGAUUUUCAGACGUAAUCGGUGCUUCGCACACCGUGGAUUACAGGUUUUGGGAAUACGCGGAAGUAGCCAGCGAAGGACUGAAACAAGUCGCUGAACGGGGAGCUACAAGGAUGCUUGAAUCCGAAUUGAAAGACGAGAGCGAACACAUCAGGACUAUUAUAAAAGCCAGAGGAAUUAGCUAUCCCAAUGUCACGGGAAGAACCUUUGCCGUUUUUCGCGUUGAUAGAAAGCACCAUCUCAUGUCGCUCGUUUCUAUGAUCGAUCCCUCGCCGGACUGGAUCGUCGGUGUUUCAGGACUCGAACUUUGCCUGUCAAACUGUUCCUGGAUAGAACAUAAGGAGUUGAAUUUGUACCCUUACGACGCAGGAACAGACAGCGGAAUUACUUACAUCUCACCAGAUUCUCCUACAAUCCCAAGAGAACCUAUUCGCCGAAUAACUUCAACGUUUCCGCAUGACAACCGAUCACCGUUUUACGAUGAAAGUGGCAUCGAUAUGAAACCAAUAGCAAAACUUUACCUCAACCGACAACGUCUCUAUGAAAAAACCUGCGACGAUCCGCAACCCGUUGUGGGUCCAACAGGUGGGCGUCCCGGACACGGCAAACCUGGUCAUACUGUUCGUAAGGCAUGCGAGGUGAGCGGCUGGAGUAAAUUCGGCGAAUGUUCACGGUCGUGCGGCCGAGGGCAUAAACUUCGUCAAAGACAUUAUAUAGACCCAGAAGCAGCUUCAGCGAGUAAUUGCAAACGCGAAUUAACUGGAAGAACAAAGUGCAACGUUGAACGCUGCCCUGGUCAUUCCACGCGUCCUGGUCUGACCGCGGAAAUGUGUGAGUUGGAGGAAUGGACGGCGUGGUCAUCGUGUACGACAACAUGUGGUGCGGGUUUAAAAACACGUUCGCGAAAAUACAAAAAUCGAAAGUACAGAAAAUACUGCAUGCAUAACGUGCAUCCCUUAGAAUUGGAACAAACCAUUGAAUGUGAUGAAAAUGAACCGUGCUCCGACGAUGAUCCCGAUGCCGAGGAGGUAAGCGAAACUACCGAAACUGCUGUUGAUGAAGACGAAAAUGAACAUGAAAAUGAAAAUAAUAAUAAUGAUAAUGAUAGUGAUAAUGAUAAUGAAAAUGAAAAUGAAAAUGAUAACGAAAAUGAAAAUGAAAAUGAACACGAAAAUGAAAAUGAAACUGAAUACAUCGAGGAAGUGACGAGGUCAGAGGAAUGGUUGCAGAAAUGUCCGCGAGAAAGAUUUACCGAAUGGUCAAUGUGGUCCCCGUGCAGUUCAAGUUGCGGUCCAGGAGUCAGACUACGAUCUAGACUUCCGAACAAAUCCUGGAGUCACAUGAACGACGCGGAAGAACGUGAUCUUGAGGAAUGUAAAAUUGAACAAGCAUCUUGCGAGGCAGAAAUUCCAAACUGUGAUUUUUCGGAGGAAAUAGCGCGAAGCAUUUGCAGCGAACCGCAAGUCGUUGGUACAUGUAAUGGAAAUAUUCUGCGCGUCUACUUUGACAGUGCGAGCAACCAAUGCAGAUGGUUCGGUUACACCGGCUGUAACGGAAACAGGAAUAAUUUUCCGACAGAACAGGACUGCAAUAACGUCUGCAGUAGAUAUCAAAGAGAACUUCGAGCGAAUCUUUCGGCGGUAAUGAAGAAAUUUAAGGUCUCUCUUAGCAGCGUGCUCUCUUAUCACAUACCUACGCAAGAACAACGUAGCGGAAAAACCAAAAGAGCUAAAUACGCACAAGUAACAGAGGAACCGGACCUUGGAGGGAUCCCAUCUGGUAGCCAAGUAAUCGAAACUACGGAUGAAUAUUCGAGCGAUUCGAUUGACUGCGAAUUUACCGAAUGGGGAUCGUGGUCACCUUGCAGAUCGGACUGCAAAGGCUACACGUAUCGUAACAGAACGAUUAUUCGGGAAGCCGAAAACGGUGGUAGAAAGUGCCCAACCAAACUGCAACAGAAAAAAAGGUGCCGGAAAGUACCACCUUGCUCCACCCGAAGGGGAAUGCGGCGCAGAAGUUAUAACGACUCAUUCUAUGGAUCCAGUGAAGAUCCGAAUCCCAUUGAUUGUGAGGUAUCCUCCUGGUCACCUUGGUCGCCAUGUACAGCAACGUGCGGAUAUUCCGUUCGCCACAGGACAAGAAAUAUAAUGGUUGUACCAGUUGGACAAGAAGCGAAGCUGUGUCCUUCUCUCGUUCAAUUUGCUUCAUGUUCUUCGCCUGCAUGCACCGAAACUCCGAAUCAGUGAAACAAAAUAUUAGUGCGUAAGUUUAAAAUAUGGAAACAUACGUAAUAUGCACGUAAUAAUUUUACGUCCGCAGAUCAUUUGCAAAAAAAAAAAAAUUCAAAAAUGCCAAUAAGAUUUUUCAAUUAUUGGCACUACAAAAUGCGCAUAAUUACACGACAUUACAUUUAUAUUAUAAAUUUAUGAGACAUUCUACUGUAUUUUAUUAAUUAUUUUUGUUAGAAAGGUAUGAUAUUACUACGAGGGUAGAGUGGUGAACUUAUUAUACAGGACUAGUCACGAGCCAUUCUGAUACAUUUUAGUCAUACAUAUGUUAGUUGUACGUACGUACAUUAAAAAUAAAUGAAUUUAGGGAAUAAGUAAACCAUAAAAUGUGAAAGACAUACAUAAUUGGACUUAUUAAAAAUCUAUAUUGGAGCACGAGAAAUCAUACGAGAUAUUUAGGAAACUCCAAAAUCCACAGUACGUGCAAUCCUUUGAGACGAUUGACUCUCGGAAUCACAAUAUGAAUCGUAAAUACAAUCCAACAAAAUGUAGACAUGAUCACAUCAGGCAUUUAUAGCUCUCAGAAGCUGCAUUUCAACAUCAUUGUUUUUCAUUGUACGUCGUAAAAUAAUUCUAAGAAUAAUUUUAGCAAUAAAUGUACCUAACAUUAAUUGUUCGUUUCUUUUUUUUUUUGAAGAAGAAGAAGAAGAUACUUCUUCUCUUUGCACGGAAACGCCAUUUAAAUGCUGACAAACAAAAAUUGGAAGUAUGUAUUGUAAUGUAAUAUACUGUACAAGCAUUAUAUCUUCAUAUACCCGAUAUUGUUAUAGUAAUUUUUUUCAUUUUUAGAGAGUAAAUGUAUAUGGGGCAUUCGACGUCAGAAGAGCCACUUUUUCCAAAAUAUUUUUUGAACUUGAUAAAACUUUCUCGACGUCUUGAGGAGUUUCAGAAAUCAUGCUCAGACCACGUAUUAACGCCCAAAGUCAGAAUUCCCAUAAGCUACGAUUUAUGAUGAGAAUUGUAAAUUUAAACUUUUUUACGAUUUUGGGGUUAAAAAUAAACAUUAUUUUUUAAUUAGUUUCUCCUAUCUUAUUCUGAUGUGUUUUGAUCUCGGCAAUGCGAAUUUGAAAACCAAAUUGAUCUAACUAUGAAAUCGAAAGAUCUGAUUAAUUGCUCCAAAAUGCAAAAAAUCGAGGAUAUGUCGAUGGGAUUUAUUUCCAACUCAAUUUAAUCAACGCAUUCGUGUUUCCUCACAUGUUUCUUAAGCGAAAAUACAUAGGAAAAGCGUUUUGAAAUUAAUUUUGCAAUAAUUUCACAUUUCGCUCCAAAAAAACGUCUAGCCUAUAGCCUUAGAUUUUGCUCGAAAUUCGAGCCAAAAUUUGGCAAAUUUUUCUUAUCGAGUUUUAUAUGGUAUUCUUAUGUGUUUUGGUUUCCGAGACCCCUCAAGACAUCAAGUUCAAAAAAUAUCUUGUCAAAAGUCGCCCGUUUGAUGUGGAGUGCCCCAUAUGUAAAUUGCAUAUCGAUAGAAUUAAGAUACAAGUGAUCGAAUGGAGUAUUUUAAACUGAACAAAAUUUUUGUUUACAGUGUCGAUUGACAAUAACAUAUAAUAUAUACUCUGUAUUCAUAGUGAUUAGUAUUAAUAAGUCAGAUCGAUUGCGGUGAAGACACAUGACAUUAUACGAAUGUAAAUAUAUUAUUAUAUCUAGAGAAUUGCACACAAAUGUUUUUUACAUACUUUGGUCCACAUCAAAACAAUUUUACUCUGACAAAUAAUGGAUAAAUAUUUCUUAGUAUGAUCAUAAGAUCUAUAGGGAUGCUAGGCUAAGGAAAAAAAGAACAGUUUUGUCACACACUCCGUUUAAUCAUGAGAGACAUUUUUCAUUCUAUGUAACAUUGAAUUUAUAAUUUCGCAAAAAUAUAAAUCUAUCAAUAA